GGUAGCGGCGACGGUAGCGGAAGCAGCAACAGCAGCAGCAGCAGCAGAAGCAGCAACAGCAACAGAAACAGUAGUCGAGGCCGUGCAGAUAAGGGGCGGCAGCCCGAGUAAGGUGCCGGGCCGCGGCCACCAACAAGACAGAGAUGCAUCAGGCCGCACGCAGCGAGGACAACGAGAUGGCCGAGCUGCCGGGGCCCGGGCCCAGAUCUCCCGUGGAGACCCUGAAGGGCGGAGGUCAGCCCCUGCGCCCUAUACACGGGGGCAAGCAGGAGGGCCGCAAGCUCUUCCAGUACCUCGCCACGCUUAUCGCGGGAUCGAUAAUGGCUCAGAGCGGGAUGAACCUGGGCUGGACCUCGCCGGUAAUUCCGCACCUGAGCAGGAACGACUCGUUCCUACCGAACCUCGACCCCGACGGCGAGGAGGUCUCUUGGAUUACCUCGCUCAUGGCACUGGGCGCCAUUUUGGGGGCCGUGCCCUCUGGCAAAGCCGCCGACAAGAUCGGUCGGAAGAUCGCUAUCGGCAUAACGGCUAUGCCCUUCCUCAUCUGCUGGGUCCUGAUGCUGCUGGCACCUUUGGGGGCGAGCAUACCGGUAUUAUACGUGGCGCGCUUCAUCGGAGGCAUAGGCGCCGGGGCGGCCUGCGUCCUCGUACCCGUCUAUAUCGGGGAAAUCGCCGAGCCCUCGAUUCGGGGCACCCUCGGGACCUUCUUCCCCAUCUUCUUCUCGCUGGGCAUCGUAUUCUCCUACACCGCGGGCUCCUACCUCAGCUACAUGGCCUUCAACGGAUGCUGCUGCGCCCUGCUCGUACCCUUCCUCGUAUCCGUCAUUUUUCUGCCGGAGUCGCCGAGCUGGCUCGUACAACGCGGCAGGAAGGCCGACGCCUACAAAGUGUUGCGACUCCUACGGGGCGCCAACUACGACGUGAGCCAGGAGAUCGGCGAGCUGCUCGAAGAGUCGGAGCAGGUCCAAGUGAAGGAGGGAGGCCUGAGGGAUUUGCUAGGAACGAAAGCCGGUAGGAAGGCCAUCGGCACCUGCGUCGGCCUUAUGUGGUUCCAGCAGAUGUGCGGGAUCGAUGCCGUGCUCUUCUACACGGUUCAAAUAUUCGAGGAGGCCAAGAGCUCGAUCGACCCCAACGUCGCCACUAUUAUCAUCGGCAUAAUCGAGGUCAUCAUGGGUCUUAUUGUGGCCGUCACCAUCGACAGGUUCGGCAGGAAGCCGCUGCUCGUAUUCUCCGGCUCGGCCAUGACCAUCUGCCUUGGCAUCCUUGGCUACUACUACAAGAUGAAAGAAGACAAAAAGGACAUAACGUGGAUAAGCUGGCUACCGCUCGCGUGCAUCGGCAUGUUCAACGUGGUAUUCUCCCUCGGCUACGGCUCGGUACCUUACUCCAUUAUAAGCGAGCUCUUUCCACCGGAGACUAAGGGCAUAGCCGGCAGCAUCUCCAUAAUGACCAACUGGUUCCUCGUCUUCCUCGUCACGCGCACCUUCCACAUUCUGACGCGCAUGCUCCACGAGUCCGUCACCUUCUGGCUCUUCGCCUCGAUUUGCGCCAUGUCCGCUCUCUUCGCCUUCGUCUACGUACCCGAAACGAAGGGCAAGAGUCUCCAGGAGAUCCAGACGAAGCUCGCGCGCAGAAAGAAGGACCGGGGCCGUAAGCACGAGGCCGUCGAGCCGAAGCCUUUGCCUCUGGCCCCGAAUUGAGCCCGAGUGUCAGAUCGGCCAACACGGGACGACACCCUGGCGGGAAGCCGGUAGGCCACGGCCUUGGGCCGCGAUUGAGCGGCGCCCGAUACCCGUCCAGUCGGUUCUAGUAUUUUUACGCGAGAUCUAAGGAUGCUCGAUACAUGCCAAGUAUUCACCACUCUGACUCACGUAUUAUUUAUCUAGUUGAAACAGUAAACAGUAUGUCGUAGCAUAUACAGUGUACAGUAUACAGUAUGCAAAAAGAGUGUACAGACGAAAUAUUUUUCUACAUCGGAUACAUAGUUAAUUUCGACUAAUCCAUUUUUAUCCUCGACGAUAGCGCAUUUGUCUUCCUUACUCCUUUCUCCCUGUCACAACCCUCUCAUUCGCUUUCUCUUUCCUUCCCUUCCCUCCCUACCGCCCAAAAGCGC